AUGUCGUUCGGCGGCUUUGGCGGCUUCGGCUCGACCAACACGAACAACAACGCCAGCACGGGUUUCGGUGCGUCGGCAUUCGGUUCGUCUACAGCAAAUACUGGCUUUGGACAAUCCACGACCACUGGAUUUGGACAGCAGCCUGCUGCUGGCUCGAGUCUCUUUGGAGCUUCUACUACCGGAGGCGGUUUCGGGGGCUUUGGUGCAUCCAAUAACGGAGCUGCUACAUCAUCACCCUUUGGAGCGGCCAACAAGCCCGCUUUCGGCGCCCCAGCCCCUGCAACAGGAGGGGGUCUUUUCGGCGGCGGUGCCACAUCAGGCGGCUUCGGUGCGAACGCGGGUGCUACGUCCUCGCCCUUCGGCGGUGCUGCAAACACCAACACUGGCGGUUUCGGAAACAAUAAUGCCAAUGCUGGCGGCAACACUCUCUUUGGCGCAGCCAAGCCCGCAACCACAGGAUUCGGCGGUGCAACUACCGGCAGCACAAUGUUUGGUGGUGGAGCCAACACUCAACCAGCCAACAACGCAUUCGGCGCAUCGACCACAGGUUUCGGAGCAGGAGCUGCCCAACCCACAAACAACGGCACGGGUUCUACACCUUUCAGCGCGUUUAUCGAGAAAGACAAUGCAUCAUCGGCGAACAGUCACUAUCAGUCCAUCACUUUCAUGCAGCCCUACCAGGCCUUCUCGUUUGAGGAAUUGAGAUUGGCCGACUACUCAGCCGGCCGCAAGUCUGGAAAUGCCAAUGGCCAGGCUGGCGCUUUCGGUCAGAGCACUGGCUUCGGCAGUGGAUUCAACUCGGGCGCUGCGACUUCAGGAUUCGGUGCUCCCCAGGCCACCAACACUGGAGGAGGCAUGUUCGGUGCUCAGACUAGUGCUCCCGCAACCGGAGGAUUCGGCGCACCAGCUGCAAACACGAACACUACCACAGGAUUCGGAGCAGGCGGCGGUCUCUUUGGCCAGCAGAACAAGCCCGCCACUGGUGGUCUUUUCGGAAGCACGCCUGCCUCGACCGGCACUACAGGAGGUGGCAUGUUUGGCACAGCCAACAACAACACGACGACCACUGGCACAGGCUUCGGAGGGUUUGGUGCAGCCAACAGCACUCAGCAGCCAGCUCAGGCCAAUGCUGGAGGGCUCUUUGGCGCCAACCAGAACAACACACAGAACAAGCCUGCAUUUGGCGGAUUCGGUAGUACUCCUGCCGCUUCAACUCCAUUCGGCGGUGCUUCGACUGGAGGCUUUGGCCAACCCGCACAAACGAACACUACUGGCGGUACUGGCCUGUUUGGACAGAGUGCUACCAACACUGCUAGUCCAUUUGGCGGAGCUCAGCAGAACACCGCCCCUGCUGCCAACUCAGGCAAUCUUUUUGGUGGUGGUAACGCAUUUGGCCAGAACAACCAGAACCAACAGCAACAACAACAACCUCAAACUGGUACAAACAACCUCUUUGGUGGCGGUGGUGGUGCUUUCGGUCAGAACAACCAGCAAAAGCCUAACCCCUUCGGCGGUGCAUCGACUGGCACGACCGGUGGUCUCUUCGGGCAAGCUCAGCCUCAGCAAAACAACACCGGUAGCAGUCUGUUUGGCGGUGCCCAAGCCCAGCAGAACACUGGAGGUGGUAUGUUUGGCGGUGCUAAGCCUGCAGCUACAAACAAUCUUUUCGGUGGUGCUCAGACUCAGAACACUGGAAGCAACCUUUUUGGAGGUGCUCAGACUGGGCAGACUACUGGAGGCGGCCUUUUCGGAGGUCAAGCCAACCAGCAGAAGCCCGCGGGCGGCCUGUUUGGUGCAUCCGGUGGUUUCAACAACACCAAUAACAACCAGAACCAGCAACAGAGUGCUGGCGGUUCGCUCUUCGGUGGCAGCACCCAGCAGUCUGGUCAGUCGAACGGUCUGUUCGGCCAAUCUAACCAGCAGCAAUCGAGCUUUGCUGCUACUCUGUUGACCAACCCCUACGGCAACGACCAACUGUUUAGCAACCUUGGAAACCCUGCUCCCGCUGUUGGACCCCUUGCCACUCCCCUCGCUGGAGCGCAGAAGCCGGCUAAGCGCCCCGCCGCCCUCCCGCAGUUCAAGAUCAAUCCCAGCGCAAGCUUGCGUCUCAUCACUCCUCAAAAGCGCUCGAACGGCUAUGGAUUUUCGUAUGCUACUUAUGGCACCCCUGGAAGUGCACAGAGCUUUACAUCCAACGGCCUCGGAAGCAGUCUCUUGCAAUCAGGUGGCUUGAGUCGCUCUUUGGGCAAGAGCUUCUCUACCAGUAACCUCAACAAGAGCGUUGGCAGCGGAGAUAGCGUCCUCGCUCCUGGUGCCUUCACGCCCAACAACAGAUCAUACUCUGGCGGUAGCAUUCGUAGACUGAAGAUCGACCGUAGCUUGAGAACCGACCUGUUCGGUGACAAUGGUUCUAUCGAGCCCCCCAACAAGCGCGUCAGCUUUGACGAAGGCGACAAGGGUAAGAGCUCUUCAAACGGCUAUGUUGAAACACCUGCCACCAGUGCACUUGUCCGCACCGAGACCGACGGACCUGAGCCAUCUUCUGAAGACCUCGGCUACUCGCGUGCUGAGCGUCCCACCACCAAUGGCGCAUCGGUGAACGGCACUUCCUCCACCACCCAAGCUAGAGGCAACGAACUCGCCAUGGUGCCCGAAGACGGUCCCGCUCCAGCCUCUUCGAAGUCCGUCUCUGCAAAGGACUUGCCACGCUCCCAGGUCGACCCUCAACCCGGCGAGUACUGGAUGACACCAUCUAUGGAUGACAUCCGCAACAUGUCCCGUCAACAGCUCAAGAGUGUUUCCGGCUUCACCGUUGGCCGUCACGGUGUUGGUAAGGUCGAGUUUGACCCUGUAGAUCUUACCCAAGUUCCUCUGGACGAGAUUAUCGACGACAUUGUCAAGCUCAACGUUCGCCAAGUGACUGUCUACACCACCGGUGUGAACACUCCUCCCAUGGGCCAAGGCCUCAACGUACCCUCCACCAUCACUCUCGAGAACUCGUGGCCUCGCGCCCAGGCUGGACGUCUUCCUGUUCACGAGCGUAAAGGCCAGCGCUACGAGAAGCAUAUCGAACGUCUGCAACGCGUCCAAGACACCGAGUUCAUCAGCUACGACCCUGCCACCGGCUUCUGGGUAUUCCGUGUCCCUCACUUCACCACUUACGGUCUCGACGAUGAUGACGAGUCAGACGAUGAAGCCGACUACGGCAGCGAUGUUAUGAACACCAGCCAAGUCCCUACACCCAAGGGUAACAACACUGCUGUUCAAGAGAUGUCUCAGGCCUCUUCCGAGGAGGGCUCCGUCAUCAGCGAUGAAGAUGAUGAAUCCAACCCUGAUGACACCUUUGAUUUCAAGAAAGGUCCGUCAAAAAUCCUGCCUGGCAGCUUCGGUGCUCAGCCAAUUCAAAAUGAUGACGAAAUGGCUGACGACAACGAUGCUCAGGAUCAGGAAGAGGACUCCUCCUAUCUCGAACAACAAGACGCACAAUCGCAUGAAGAUCACUUCAGGUCUUCCGGCAGCAGCAACGCACGUCCUGUUGAAGCUGGCGAUGCGCAAAUGGAGGAGACGGACUAUGAGAAAUAUGGUGAAGAAGACAUGGCAGGAUCAUUCCCGAAACCUAAACCUGCUGCUCCAGCUCCGUACAACGAUUAUGGUAUUUCUUUCAGCGGAUCUCUUAUGCCGAAAUCAAUUCUCAAAGCAUCAACCAUGUUGAAUAGCACACCGAAGAAGGACCUCGCACUUGCUGGUGAUUGGGCAGAACAACUUCAGAGAACUGCCAGUCCCAAGAAGCAAGAUCGUCAGGCUCUUCGUGAGCGUCAAAGUGUGAUGGGUGCACCCCUUGAUACUGCACCGCCAUUGGCCGCAUCUAUUGCUGGCAAGGCUUUCUCUACGACUAUGGAUAUCAUGAACUCUCUUUGGGCACCUUCUGCUUCUAUUGCAGGCCAUGGUUUGCAGGCAAGUUCUGUUGGCGGAAAAGGCUUUGAGUGGCCCUACCAGAAGCAGUCAAGGACUGAAGACGCCUUUGCCGAUAUGGAAGAGCCCGAGCGCGAUUAUCACACAUCCUUCAAGCCUCGAUGGGCUGCAGAUGGCACUCUCGUUUACAGUGCUGCCGGCAAUGCACCUGCACCGUCCGGCAACCUGGUCAGCUCAAAGAAGCCCAUCUCGUCUGAGCAUAAGGACGUCCGCUUUGCUCGUUUCAACUCGCCCAAAGACACAGUGACCACAUCUUUGCAAUUGCAAUUACAACAGUCGCCUAUCACUUCCGCCGAAACCUCUUUCGCCGCCAUCGCAGAAAGUCUUGCACACCCCGAGACUCCCGAAGCCCAACACGAGCGUGCUGUCUGGCGACUGGCCUCGAUUCUUUUCGACCCUAUCGAGAUUGGAUGUGCCGGCCUGAUCAAGAACAUUCCAACUGCCCGAGUCACUGAGCUGGAGUCACGCAUUCGCCGCGACGCAUUGUCAAACUUCUGGACUGAACUCGUCCACACAGAGGCAGCACAGCACGCCAAGGACGCAAGCAGUUCAGAAGAAAAAGCCAUUGCGUUCCUCAGUGGCAACAGCAUCGAGGAUGCCUGUUCAGCACUUCUCGAGGGUCGCGAUUUCCGUCUGGCAACCAUUGUUGCUCAACUUCCUGGCAACGCCAAGUCGAAAGAGAUGAUGGCCAAGCAGAUCGAGAGCUGGAGGUCGCAAAAUAUGAUUUCUGAGAUGACCGAGUCAGUCCGCACCUUGUAUGAGCUACUUGCUGGCAACACUUGCAUCAGUGAGGGAAAGCUUGGUGCUUCUGAAGAUAAAGCCCCGGCUUUCGGCAUCUCGUCGCGCUUCGGCCUCGACUGGCGCCGUUCUUUCGGACUGCGUUUGUGGUUCUCGAAAGCCAACGAGUCUCUCGCAGAUGCUGUGCAGCUGUAUGUUGAUGACAUUGCUGCAGGGAAGGAAACUGUUCGUCCCGUACCAUACUUUACUGAGCAGUCUCUCGCGGCUUCCUGGAAUGAUACCAAUGCACAAGGCAAUGAGGACACUUUGCUCGGUCUCUUGAAGCUCUACUCGAGACAGCCCUCUUCAAACGCUGGAGAUGCUCGUUCUCUUGUGAUCGGCCUCCUCUCUCCAGCAUCUGUCUCUGGCAGUCCACUCAACGCUCGUCUUUCCUGGCAGCUUGCUACUCUUCUCCGAAAGAAGGGUGUUCUCACAACUGCCGAGUUGAGCAACGCUUCGCUGGAUGAGCUGUCCUUGACUCUAUCCAGCCAGCUCGAGGCCGCAAACGAACUGGUCUUCGCCACCAACGUUCUCCUGCAUCUGACCAACGAGUCAGCUCGCGAGAGACACAUUCGUGACCUCCUCUGCCGCCGUGCGUCCGCACUCUACGACGCUGGCAACCCCGAUGCCCUGCCCACAGUCCUGACCCAAGACUUUGGCCUUCCCGAACAAUGGCUCUGGCACGCUCGCGCACUCUACGCACGUUCCAUGCUCGACGACCACAAUGCCGAAGUCACCUACCUGCUGCGUGCCGGCGAUUCCAUCCAAGCCCACACCGUGCUCUGCCGCACUGUCGGACCCACAGCCAUUAUCGAGCGUGACUACGACAGUCUCCGCGAGCUGCUCGGUCUCUUCCACGACAUGCUGCCCGCAGGCGCCAUCGAGAACUGGCGCACAGGCGGUCAAGUCUACUUCGACUACAUCCACCUGCUUGACCUCGUCAACCGCGACGAUGACGCCAGCCGCGCUUCUAGAAAGGAGUUGCUGGAUCGUUUGACCCAAGCUCUGCCCGGUAUUCUCGAAGGCCGUGUUGGCAAGGUUGACCUCGAGGAGCGCGUUGCUGUUGGUGAAAUGGCUGAGUUGGUUAAGGCUGAGGUUGAGAAGAUGGGUAGAGAGGAAAGAGGUGUGGAUAGGAACUUGAUCGCAAGACUUCCUGUUGCUGGUGGCAAGUAUGCUAAGCAGGGCGUUGAUUUCAGCAGGGCUUAUUACCGCGGUAUCGUUGCCUAA